AUGUCACUGACGUCUUGGUUGCGAUGGAAUGAGCCUUACUAUCGCCAACCACAGAAGAGUGCUGCAGAUAUGAUGACUGAGACUCUGAUGCUGGAACUCAAUUGGCAGAUCAAACAGGCUGAGAAACGACAACGAGAAAGAGAGAAUGAGUACCGUCGGAUAAAGACUGGUGUGGACUACAGCUGGUUAGUCAGUUAUCCAAAGCACAGCUAUGACAUUACUCCUAGUGAGAGGAUGGAGAUGGAGGAUGCCUGUGCUAAACUGCAUCCCUCAUGUUGUGGACAAGUCAUCAUCAGGUUUCGACAACUUGUAUCAGAAUAUGAACCCGAAGCUCAGGAAGUCUCAAGGCUAUUCCGAUCUGUCCUGCAAGACACCACAGAGAAGAUGCAGGCAGAAGAAGAAACAAAAAAGCUGACCAGGCAGUGGGCCACAAAACGGACAAUGAGUCUUUCCUUAACAACAUUCAAAUCUCGGGCAAGGAUUUAUCCAUUUAAUAACAGCAUUAAAACAAUUUCAGAAGAUGUGGAAAGAGUUGCAGAGCCUACCAGAAGAGUAUGGAGCAUGCCAGAGUUUAGGACUAUCAAAGACUUCUGA